GCCACGCGUGCGCACUGUGGUCUUACAAAAAUUUCGCGGCAAAAUUUUGUUGUGGACGCGACGCGGAAGUUUUGAGGUGCUCAGGAGAUAGAAGACGGGUUUGCUGGUCUGAUUUCUGGUUACUGGCAAAUUUGUUUGCCGUAUUGCGUUUUCUCCUAACAGAAGAUUGCCGAAAGAUGCCGAAAGCGCGGGGAAAAUCAGCUCGUGCACACCAGGAGGACUCAGAUAUGGAGACGGACCCCCCGACACAGGCCAGCCAGGCCAGCCAGGUCACCCUCACACAGGCACAGCGGGCUGCAGAGUCGCUCAGCAGACAGGAGAUAGAGAGGAAGGUCAAUGAAGUUGUGCAAUUUUUCCUCAUCAUGGAACAGAAAAAGGCAGCAGUAAAAAGGGCAGACAUUACGAAGCACAUCCUGAAGGAGCACAGCAGGGUGUUUCCUGUGGUGUUUGAGAAGGCCAAGAAGAAGCUGAGGGAGGUAUUCGGUGUGAGUGUUGAAGAGCUAGAAGGAAAGGACAAACGUUACAUCCUGGUUAAUCUGAUCGACACUCCUGAUGGGCAAGACCACCUCAACAUGCUGGAUGAUGGCCCAAAGUCUGGCCUGCUGCUGGUUGUUCUCAGCCUCAUCUUUAUGAAGGGGAACGUCAUCCAGGAUACACUGCUGUGGCACACACUCAAGAGACUCGGCAUUGAGGAGAACCAUCCACAUGAGGUAUUAGGAGAUGUAAAGAGUCUACUAACGAAGGAGUUCACAAGACAACAGUAUCUGGAGUAUAAGAGAGUCCCCCAGUCGGACCCCCCAUCCUUCGAGUACAGGUGGGGUCCUCGGGCCCACAAGGAGACCAGCAAGAGGAGGGUGCUGCAGUUUGUGUCAAAGAUGUAUGGCAGCGAGAGUCUGGAGAUCUGGACCUCCCAGUACCAGGACGUGCUGCGUGGGGAGGGGGGCAGUCCGUGAGGCACAACUGCAGUAUCAUCAUCACAUUAGGUCCCAGUCUGGGGCUAGAGACUAUAUGUACAUGUAGCACCUGAGAAAGUCAACAUUUCAGUGGUUACAACUUCAGUGGUAUGUUGUAACGGUUGUGUAAAAUAGGUGACCAGAUAAAUCGAAAAGUAUACAGUUUACUGUUUUGAAAGGGUAUUUUGUACAAGAAAGUCACAUGUUUCAUCCUGUUUGAUAGGGUGGGGAGGGAUAAGUCUGUGAGGCACCACUGCAAUAUCACAUUAGGUCCCAGUCUGAGGCUAGAGACUAGCCCUCAGACGUGAGAAAGUUAACAUUCCAGCAGAGCUCUAGCCAGCCCGAAAUUUUUUCUGUCAGCCAAUUUCCACUGUCCGAGCACACUAUUCCACGAGUUAGAGAGACUGAACUGAGACCUUGAAAAACGGGUUUUAAUGAGAUUAUCGUAUGCGAAAGAGCACCGAUAGACAUUGUCUAGAUUC